AUGAAGUCCCCCCGCUGCCAAUGGCAUGCUGCAGAAACUAGUUUCCGAUCAGUACCCAAAGUCAUAGUUGUCGCAGCCAUGCCUAAACAGACUGCUCUAGAUGAAAUAGUGUCAAAGGCUUUGCGUCACAAGUCACGUACCUGUUGGCUCUUCUUUGCAUCCACCGAUGAUGGCAAUCCGGAGGCGGAGGAGUUUGAGCGGUGGGGAACUUCUGGCUUGGGCACUAACCGAUCUUCAGUGCAGUUUGUACAAUUUCUAGUCACCGGAGGAGACACCCUAUCCGAGGAGGCACUCCUGGCCGCCUGUGAUUCCCUGAGUGGGUCAGAGGGCACCGAGAGCAGUGUGCGCAUACCUGGGCCAAGUCCUCGUUCCGGGAACACCGAACCAAAGCCUACAAACGCACAAAGGAUUCAAACCAAUCAGAAGGAAAGGGCCAUCGGAUGA